AGAGCAUGCCAUAGCAAUCGUUAGAGAAGCAAGAACACUUGCCAAAAAUUCCAUCUAGUUAUCUUAGGAAAUCCCCUGUUUACAAAUCCCUUAUCGACACGUAAGCUCUUUAGUCGCCAUUGCACUUACAUGCAGAGUGUAUAAAUUGCAUUGCAAACCCCUGAGGCUACAUAUUUGAUCAUACCGUAGCAUCACAAGAAGUCAAUAGGCCGGAGCCAGCAGGAAAAUUAAAUGCAAUGGAAACACAUGAGGAAGUAAAAGCUGAGUUAAUACCAAGACCAUACCAAUUAGAUUUGGUUGAUUAUGUUCAUCAACGAAAUGGAAUUAUAUAUCUGCCAACAGGAGCUGGCAAAACUUUUGUUGCUAUUUUGGCAUUAAAGCGAUUUGCCCAUACUUUGCAAGAAACUAUAGAGAAUGGUGGCAAACGUGCUAUUUUUAUGUGUAAUACUGUGGAAUUGGCACGACAACAAUUUAAGGAAUUGCAGAAGUCUACAAAUUUAAAAAUUGGUCUUUAUAUUGGCGACCGCGAUGUGGAUAACUGGGAACGCAGAAAAUGGCAAUCAGAAAUAAGGGAGCGACAGGUUUUGGUUGGUACAGCCCAAAUAUUUGUGGACAUUGUAACACAAAACUUUAUUAAAAUCAGCGAUUUAAGUAUAGUAGUCAUCGAUGAGUGUCACCAUGCCAGUGGUGGUCAUCCUAUGAAAACAUUUUUGAGUACAUUUCCACAAGACCCAAAGCAAGGACCACGGGUUAUUGGCUUAACCGGUGUUUUAAUAAAGGGCAACAAAUUGGGAAAUGUCGUUGAGGACCUGCGCAUAUUGGAAUCCACCAUGAGGGGCAACAUAAUUACAGUUCGUUCAAUGGAGGCCAUGCAAAAUGUGAUGGUGUACUCGACCAAGCCAUCCGAAGAAUUUGUUAUGUUUAAUUCUUCACGUCACAUAUUUGGUGUCGAGGAGAAAAUAAAGCGUCUCGUUGAGGAAUGUGCGGUCAUUAUUAAGAAUUGGAAUAUUGGGUUAAUACCAACGCAGAUGUCCAAAAAUUUAGGCCAAACUCGUCAACCGAACAAAAAGAAACUUGCCAUAAACUUACUCAAUGAUUUUAUCUAUCAAAUGGAUGAUUUAGGAUUGUAUGCAGCCUCUAUAGCUAUCAUGUCGCCCAUAAUUGAUUUUGAAGUUAAAAAAAGACAAUCGGAGACCCUGGCGUUACGUAAUUUGUAUCGUAUGAUUAUUUCCUACUGCGAGAGGAUACGCCACAUUAUUGUGAAAGAACUUAAGGAUAUGGUUGAAUCCAACGGUGAUUCGAUGGUUGAAGAUAAGGACAUUAAAUGCUUGGAUGUAAUAAUGAAUUAUGCAUCACCCAAACUAAUCACGCUGAUUCAAUAUAUUACUAGUAAGUUCCAGGGUAAAGCUGCCAAUGAUAUAGCUUGUCUGAUAUUCGUUGAGAGGCGUUACACAGCAAAGUGUCUGUUUCACAUCUUGUUGCGUUACGUGGCCCUUUGUCCAGGCCUAAAAGAUAUUGUUCGCCCACAAUUCAUGGUCGGGCGGCAAAAUAUUUUACCGUCAGUGGAAUCGAUUUUGGAAACAAAAUGGAACAGCAGCGCUAUAAAGGAGUUUCGUGCCAAAGAAUGCAAUGUGAUUAUUUGCUCGAAUGUCUUGGAAGAGGGCAUAGAUGUACAGGCAUGCAAUUAUGUUUUCACCUUUGAUCCUUUGAAAACUUUCAAUUCGUACAUUCAAACAAAGGGACGUGCCCGCAGCCAAAAUUCAACUUAUACGAUAUUUGCACCUGACACAGCCAAAGAGCAUACAUUGGCCCAAAUAAGAAAAUAUCGUAUGAUUCAUGAGCAAAUAAAAAGUUUCCUUAUUUCACGCGUUCUGGAUCGUGAAGACCCAAGUGCUGAAGAAAUUGCCGAACAAUUCGUCGACCUUAUUCCUCCGUAUGUUAUACCCAGUGGAGCAAGAUUGUUGGCAAAUUCAGCUCUAGCUCUGCUUCAUCGUUAUUGUCAAAGUCUGCCAUGGGACUCGUUCGGUGCUUGUCAGCCUUGGUAUAACAAAAUGCCCCCAAAUGGGGAAAACAAAAUUGCCGUAAUGUUAACAUUGCCGUUGCAAUCGUCCGUUAAGGAAAUUAUAAUAAGCGACUAUAUGGACACUGCAAAGGAGGCCAAGAUAUCUGCGGCAUUUAAAGCAUGCGUAAAACUGUACCAAAAUGGCGAACUCAAUGAUUUCCUUUUGCCCAUAACAAAGUCCGAAUGUAUUGCAAAGCUAUCCGAUAGUCUUUUCGAGCAUUGGAAAAACUUUGAUGAUAAUGUUUGUAGCAAAACUGUGGGCAAACAACUGAGACGUCUGUACGAUCGCAAAUGUCCAGAUGAGUUAUACCAUGCUCUACCAAAGUUGGGCGAAUCUUGUUACGCGUACACCCUAGAAUUCAUACCGGAAUUCCAGGUGAACGAUUACAACGUGCAUAUUGACAAAAAUUUGAAGACAAAAUCAACAUAUGCCCUGCUGUUAAGCAAAAAAUUACCGAAAUUGGCUGAGAUGCCCUUGUUCAUGACCCAGGGCGAAUUGCGUGUCAAAAUAUCUGAGGCACCCAUUCGUGUCGUAAUAGAAACAAAUGAACAGCUGCAACAACUUAAACAGUUCCAUUCAAUGAUUUUUAGAGAUAUAUUGAAUUUGUGGCGAGAAUUUCUGGUGUUGGAUAAUCGCAACAUGGAAUAUGCCUACUUGAUAGUCCCACUCAACGAAAAUCACGCUAUCGAUUGGCCAUUAGUGCAGACAUUUCCUCAGCUGCAGCCAAAUAAGCCAAAGUCAUUUGACGAACGCCAAAGUGUGUUGCGCUACAAUCCCAGCGACUAUUUGGACAAGGUGGUCACCAAGUGGUACAGUGAUAGAGAAAGCGAACGUUUCAUUGUAACCAAGAUCCGUGGCGAUCUUAAUCCUGUUAGCAAAUUUGACGGCAACAACUAUGAUACGUAUGUCACGUUCUACGAAUCACGCUACGGUGUGCAAAUUGUCAAUCGUUCUCAAUUUUUGUUAGAAGUCAAAGCCUUGACACAUCGUCGAAAUUUCUUCAAUAACGCCAGCAAUAAAAGUUCCGAAAAGAAAAAGGAGACCAAUCGUAUAAUUUUGGUACCCGAGUUGUGUCACAACUAUCACUAUCCUGGAAAUAUGUGGCUGAAAGCCCUAUUCCUGCCCACGAUAUUGCAUCGAUUGGAGUAUAUGCUGCAUGCUGAAAAUUUGCGCCUGCGUAUUAAUCAAUUUUUAGGGUUAGAUCGCUACUUUGGCAAUUAUACGCCCAAGCCAUUAAUGAAAGAUUUGUCGCUGAAAAGGGUCCUUGAUGACGAUGGCAAUUUGAUCAAACCAAAGGAGAACACUAAAUUACUUUCAUCGCUACCAGCCAAGAACACCACGGAACCACCCUAUGAAGUUUUAAAACUUGAUGCUGAGGAUAUACACUGGAAACCUUACCUGCAACCCAUCGAUCUACAUCGCAAGCUGGAAGAAUCUUAUUGCGUCGAAGUUGACUAUUACUCCAAAAUCUUUUCAAAUUUGGUGAUAAAAUUUGAUGAUUUAAAAUUGAAAGAAGAAGAAGAACUAACUAAGUCUCAGUUAGAUGUUAAAGUUUCCAAACGGCGAGAGCCACCAACAUAUUCAUCCACUGUUAGUGAAAAUCUCCCAUCGCAGUUUCAACCACUAGCGAUCAAGGAUACACCCCGAGAUGAGAGGACCAGAAUUCAUAUAUUGCAAAAAAAUAUUGAUCCUGACCACAUACUACAAUCUGCUGAACAAUAUGAGUUGUUGGCCGCAAUCACAACAGCUGGGGCAAAUGAUAUCUUCGAUAUGGAACGUUUUGAGAUGCUUGGAGAUGCUUUUCUCAAGUUUUCCGUUUCCCUAUAUUUGGCCAAUAAAUAUGGCAACUGGAAUGAAGGAUUCCUCACCAUUGUCAAGGGUCGCCUGGUUUCAAAUCGUAAUCUUCUCUAUUGCCUCUUGGGUACCGAUAUCUGUCAGCGCAUUUGCAAUAUGGCCUUUAAACCCAACACAGCUUGGCUACCGCCUAUGUGCAGCUUACCAGCAAAUCUGCUAGAGUUGUUGGCGCAAUAUCUUCCUAAAAACUCUACAUUGGAACCAGCAGAUUUGUACAAAUUGCAACUGACUGAGAGUGAGAAAAGUUCCGGCUUAUGUUCACCCACAAAACUUGAAUAUUUUGUUCAAGCUUGCAACAAGAACAAAGACUUGAUAGCAGGCCAAUUCACCAUGCCUUUGGAAAGUGACGUGAAUUUGUAUUUAUACAAAGAAGUGGUGCGUGAUAAAAUUGUCGCCGAUACCUUGGAAGCAAUACUUGGGGUUUGCGUCAAAAAUUAUGGAAUACAUCGCUCGUUCCGUAUGCUGGAAUUUUUUGGAAUUUGUACAUCUGAAAGGGACAAUCCUCUUACGAAUCUCUUGGACUUAAAACUCGGUAGUCAACAGUAUCGCACAGAUAUAUCCAGUAGCAAAAUAAAUGACUUUUUAGUGAACGCAGACAUUUUGGAACACAAUCUUGGAUACAAAUUCAAAGAUCGUGCAUAUUUGCUGCAGGCCUUGACGCAUCCUUCAUAUCCAACGAAUCGUUUGACAGGUUGCUAUCAAGAGUUGGAAUUUAUCGGUGAUGCUAUACUUGACAUGCUUAUAACCUGUUAUAUUUUUGAACGUUACCAAUAUAUGGAUCCUGGCAAGAUGACUGAUUUGCGAUCGGCCUUAGUGAAUAAUAUCACCUUGGGUUGCAUCUGUGUUCGUUACAGAUUUCAUCUGUUUUUAUUGUAUGAAAACGCUUUGUUGGCUGAAGCAAUCAAAAUUUUUGCUGAUUUUCAAGAUACUCAAAAUCACGUUGUCAGCGAUCAAGUGAAAAUUUUAAUGGAAGAAAAUACGGAUGAGGUUGAUCCUUACAGCGUUUAUUUGCAUGGUUAUGAUGAUGACGAGGGAGAUGAAGAUGACAACGUAGACGACUGUAUGCACCAAGAGAGCGACGAUGAACAUAAUGCAAGCAAUUGGCCAACAAAUAAAAAACCCUCAUUUAAUAUGGCGACCAAAAUAGAUGUACCCAAAGCCUUGGGCGAUAUUGUUGAAGCCAUUAUAGGGGCUAUAUAUUUGGAUUGCCGCGACCUUGAGAAAACCUGGCAGGUUAUUUUCAAUCUGUUUGAGAACGAAUUGAAUGAAUUCUCCCGCAAUGUCCCCAUUGACCCUGUCCGUCAAUUGGGCGAAAUGAAGCAUGCUAAUCCCAAAUACUCAAAACCCUUGGUAGACAAUGAUGUUGUAAUGGUUAAGUGCACAUUCUACUGUUUGGAUAGAUCCUGUACCACCCAUGGAUUUGGCAGCAACGCUGUCCUAGCAAAGAAAGCCGCUGCUAAGCAAGCUUUGCAAAUAUUUGCAAAAAAUUCUAAUUAAAAUAUAAGUUUUGCUUCAUUUUUGUUAACUACAAUAUAUGUCCAGUGUCUUAAAUGUUAGAAAUAUCUCCAAUAUUGUUCCAUAUUAUAAUCAUUCAGUAUACUUUUUUUACCAUAUAAUUUAAAUUGUAUUAAUAUUGUUCGGAAAUUUAUAAAACUUUUAGAAUAGCAACAAAAUAACCCAAAAAAAAAAUCUUGCAAGCAUGCCUACCCUGCUACUACACAUUCAUACAUACAUAUAUUGGGUUGCCCAAAAAGUAAUUGCGGAUUUUUUAAAAGAAAAUAAAUGCAUUUUUAAUAAAACUAAGAAUGAACUUUAAUCAAAUAUAUAAUUGCCAUUUUGUUCGAUAACCUUUUGCCAUCUUCCUGGCAAAUUUAGUAUUCCACGCUCAUAGAACUUCUGGCCUUUAUCUGCAAAAAAAUGAACCAAGUGCGAUUUUAUAGCCUCAUCAUUGCCGAAAGUUUUACCAUUUAAAGAGUUCUGCAGAGAUCGAAAUAAAUGGUAGUCUGAUGGUGCAAGGUCAGGGCUAUAUGGUGGAUGCAUCAAAAGUUCCCAGCCAAGCUCACUCAGUUUUUGGCGAGUGACCAAAUAUGUGUGCGGUCUAGCGUUGUCCUGGUGGAAUAUGACACCUUUACGAUUGACCAAUUCUGGUCGCUUCUCCUUGAUGGCUGUAUUCAAUUUGUCCAAUUGUUGACAGCUAACAUCCGAAUUAAUCGUUUGGUUCCUUGGAAGCAGCUCAAAAUAUACCACACCCUUCCAAUCCCACCAAACAGACAGCAUAACCUUCUUUUGGUGGAUAUCAGCCUUUGAAGUGGUUUGAGCUGGUUCACCAUGCGUUGUUGUAAACAAUCCAUUUUUCAUCUCCAGUUAUGAUUCGUUUUAAAAACGGAUCGAAUUCAUUGCGUUUAAGGUGCAUAUCACAAGCGUUGAUUCGGUUUGUUAAAUGAAUUUCUUUCAUUACAUGUGGUACCCAUAUUAAAAUUAACGCCAAACAAACAAAUGUAAACAAAAUUUCGCGCACUUUUUUUCUAAAGCAAGCUAAAAGUAACAGCUGAUAGCUGACAGAAGAAAGAAUGCAAUUACAGAGUCACAAGCCGUUGAAAAAAUUUGUCAACGCCGACUAUAUUACUACCACAAUAUAUUACCGACAAUUACUUUUUGGGCAACCCAAUAUAAAUUUUAUUUUUUCGAAUAAAUGUAUUUUCACUUUAAAACAAAUUCUAUAUUCAUUUUAGUAGAGCGAAGAAAAGAAUUUGAUGCAGUUAUUUCGAUGAUAAGUUCGGUCGAAGAUCUUAUUAGCUAGCCAUGGUUGACUAAAUCUGCGUUAAAUCGAUAAAAAUGUUUCCAAUUAGAACGAGAAUUCUGCACUUUAAAUGUAUUGAAGAGGUAAAAUUUAAUCAAUAAAUGAUUUUGAGAAGGCAAAUCAUGAGCAAAAUUACAUGGAUCAAACAAUGAACGCAGUUGAGCUGGUUUACAAAGGGUAGUUAAUUCCAUCAGGUGAUUGAUCUAAAGAUUAUUUUGCAGCGCAAACUUCCGCUACCCUUGUCGAAGAAUUCUUGGCUCAUAAGAUACAAACUCAAUGCUAUCAGGAGGAAUGAAAUAAACUCCACGAUGAUUCGACUUCUUAUCAAUUAACUCCACAUACCAGUUUUCGAGGUACUAUCUAAAUCACUAUUUUCGUCGAUAGGCAUCUAUGACCGAGACGUCGGAUCUACAUUAUCUGGAGCGAGCUGUCAGCGCAUAAGAGAACACCUAUUGAACAAGCAGCGUAUCACUUAAAUCGUAACAAAGAGGAUUAAAAUAACGGAGAAAAUUUUACAGUAAAUGCCAAGCUCAUAGGUGUCGGUAAUUAUUUUAUUUUCCUUCGAAGCAAGCAGCUCUGCCGAAUCAAAUUUACAGCAAAAAGAAAAGAAAUAAAGAUACCCAUAUUGCCAAAACGUG